ACACAUUUUAUAAUACAGCAUAUUAUUAACGACGACCUUGAGGAGCUCAAAAAAAUACUCAAGGACAUCAAAAUUAAUGAAGUUUACCCGUGCAGAGAGUGUGGUGACUAUAUAACACCUCUGAUUGCUGCCGUUGUGAUUCACAGUAGAGAUAUUUUUACUUUUCUUUUGCAUCAAGGUGCACACCCUGACAGACCAUCCCGAUAUGGCCUUACGCCUUUGCAUUAUGUCUCACAAUCCGAAGCACCACUGCUUUUUGUGGAGAAGCUGCUUGAAGCAAAAGCUAAUCCAGAUGGAUGGAGUAACAAACAGCGGUUCACUCCACUACAAACUGCUGCCGUCAACAACAGAGAGGAUGUUGUGAAAGUUCUCCUUUCUGCUGGUGCUAAGGUAACAUUGUUCCCUAUCACUGACCGUAAACAAGAUAUUCACAAUAAAAAAAUAUCUCAGGUGAUUCAUAACCUUGCAUCGAAAGGAGAUACAUUCUGCUCCAAAAUCAGAUAUUUCCUAGAUUUGGAAAUUGCUAUGCGAAGGAAAUCACCUAAAGAAGUGCUUAAAAGUUUUCACAGCCACAUGCUGAAGGAGCAUCCUCAGUUCCAUGUGACCAUGAUCGAAAACCUUUUUAGCGUAACAGGGCGGAAUGAAGAAAAAUACCGCCAGGGAUGUAUUAAAUGGCUGAAGGACACUGGAAAUCUGAACUCCUACAUGACAGAUGCUAUCAGUCGCCUCCCAAACAUUCCUCAGGAAUAUGUAGCUAUGGCAAUUGUAAGUUUAUAUGCAGUUUUGCUGACAGUGGAAGAGAUAACAAAUGAGCAAACAUCGGCCAUGAUCCCCGAACUACUGAAACAACUUCACUCAAUCAAAAGACCUCAUAUAUGUGAAGUUAUUGUGGAAGCACUGUAUUUGAUAACACAGAAAACAAAAAGUACAAAUGAGUGGCAUCCCAACUUUAUUGAGAAGUUAUGCAAAGCAGUCGCUCCUUUUGUGCAAAAAGAAUUCUCUUCAAACAUGAGAGUCUUCACAUAUGGUAUAUUUGGAAACUUGCUGUCAUUUGAUCAUGCAGCCAUAAUCUUCACAUCAGUGGGGAUAACUUCAGUACCUGAGGACAUACUGACAUCUGUAGAUAUGAACAUGAAUGACAAGCUGAAAGAAGUGCUCAGACGACUGAAAAAUCAUUUCAGUGAACCAAACGAGGAAUGGGACGACUGCAAAGCAUUGCCUGAAUCCAAGAAAAAAAAGAGAAAGAAGAAGAAAAAGAAGGUAAAGCCAGAAAACUGUGAAGACCUAACAGAUGAAGUUUGCACUGCUGCAACUGACCUCACAGCAGCUCCAGUUGUGGAGUCAACUUCAAAUGUGAAGCCAAUCCACUGUAACACCUCUCUGUCACCAGUGAGACACAAAUGGCUACAAAUCAGCAAGAGAUGGAGAGGUCAAUUAGAGAAGCUUGUUAGCACUGAUGAAAGUGAAGUAACCAGAAUUGGGAGCAUGAUCUAUGUGAAAAAAGAAUUCCGCAUAGCGAGGGGAAGUGAUGGCACUGAAGUCUUCUUGGGGCUGAGAGAUGAUGGCACUGAAGUUGCUAUAAAAAAAAUGACUCAAUUAAACUAUGGAGUGCUGAAGAAUGAGGAAGGAUUUCUGCGUCUUCCAGAGCUUGAUCAUCCAUCUAUUGUACGAUACGUGGACUUUGCAGAGGAUGAGAACUUUGGAUAUCUUGGUCUUCAACUGUGUGAGUACACCCUGGAAGAAUACAUCCGAAAGAUCGAUGAUGGUGAUCUGCUGAAAAAGACACUUGUCAAACAGGUUCUCGAGAGUUUAAAGGUGCUUCAUUGUCAGAAUCCUCCAAUUCUCCACCGAGAUCUCAAACCACAGAAUGUUUUGAUUGAUGUUAACGGGAGAGCAAGAUUAGCAGAUUUUGGCACCAGUAGACGGUUAUCCAAAGGUCAAACAACUUAUCGCACAGGCAGUGCAGGAACAAAAUGCUGGAUGGCCAAGGAGACUUUAGUAGAAGAAGGUGACACUGUCAUACCAUACAAGUCCAGCACUGAUAUACAGGUGGCGGGGAUGCUGAUCUACUAUAUCCUCUCUGGAGGACACCAUCCUUUUGGCGACAAACCCUCUAAAUGUGAGAACAACAUCGAUGAAGGAAAGUACACUUUGGACCAUGUGGAAGAUGUUGUGGCAAAGGAUCUCAUCGAGGGGAUGAUCAAUGAAGAACCAAAGAAAAGACCUAAAGUAGAAGAAUGCUUGAGUCAUCCCUUCUUCUGGACCACUGACAGGAAAGUAGAAUAUUUGAGAAAGGUUGGAAACAGGGAGGAGGUGAGAAACUGUCGAAAGGCUGACCAGGAGUUCAUUUCUUCACUGGAAAAAUGUUCUGUGGAUGGAUCCUUGAAACAGUGGAAAGAAAAGUUUCCACCAGAGUUGGUCCAAAAGAUGGAUGGCAAGAACAAAGCCUACCCUGACAACACACUGGGAUUACUGCGCUUCAUACGAAACCUCCAGGAGCACUAUGAGAAGGAUGCAGCUCAAGUUGAUGUGGUGUCGAUAUUUCCUGAUCUCUUUGGAUGUGUUUACACGUUUGCCAAGACCCAAGGGUGGAAUUCAGAGACCCCCUUGAAGGAACUGUUGAGAAGAAAAUACCUCAGCAGCAGCUUUAUAAACCUGUGCAUAAACCCUGAGGAGCAUGUGGGUCUCCCAGUUCAAGAGUCUCAGCCCAGUGUCUCGAAAAAGGACAACGGAUCCCAAAAAUGAGACUGACUUUUGGUCAAUGCGAUGUGUUACAGGAAUAGUUAAUGUCAAUAACUAUUGCUGUAACAUGAAUAUAGACAUGUAUAUACACCAUUGUAUUACCUGCUAACAGCUACGUAGAUAGCAAGCACGUAGUCUUGCUAUCUCAAAAGCAGCCCCGACCCCACACAAAGUGGGAUCAUUCAUUCAUUCAGACAGUCACAUACACACCCAUGUGUAGGGCUGACCUCGGGGGUAAUGUAAUAUUGUAGUUUUUAAAAGUUAUGUGUUCAAACCAUGUUUAAAAGCUGUUUUUCUGACUGUGACAUGUCAAAACAUCUUCUGUUAAUAAGCCUGUGAGGUUUUGCAUGUGUAUUGUUCAUUGGAAUUAUUUUUUAAAGGCACACAGUAACAGUAGGCUAAUGGAUUGUAAGAUACUGUGCUGUGGUACAUUUUCAAGGGGCACUUUAGUAUUUUGUAAGAUUUUUUUUACUUUUCUUUGACCAUAAGCCUCAUAAGAAAAUAUUUCAGUUUUAUUUUGCUACAUUAUCUGAUGGCUGCAAUUAAGGAUGACACACAUUUUCACAGAUUGCAGUAUAUUGAAAUUGAAAAUACUUAGCUACUUUGUACCUUAUAUUUUACUGCUGAUAUAUUUUUUACUGCUUUAGUUUUUAUUGUUGUAAUUGUCCUUUCUUAAUCUCUUGUUUUGAUUUUGGAAAAACUAUUUGAGUUAUUUUAGUCUCUUGAGUUGGUUUUGCUGGUCUUGUCUUAUGUACAAAGUCUAAAGAGAAAUUUCUACUUUAUUUGUAUAAAACUUUUUGAAUGUAUUAAAUGUUAGUAUCAGGGCUCAAUAUCAAUCAGGACCAAGUCUUCCCUCUCACGUAUUAUGGCUUUGGCUGGAUGAAAGCUCAGUGUGAUUUCUUUCACUUCCUUUACAAAUGACAUUAGAAUUUUUACUUUUCUUUGGAAAUAUUAACUCAUCUCAUUAAAUUUUUUGUCCUACUCAUGUCUCGGAACAAUGAAAUAACAAAUGUUGGCAGAAGUAUGUAUACCAGCUUAGCAUGUAUCUACAUGAGUUACACUGAAAAUCUUUAAUUUCUUUUUCAGCUCUUGUUAAAAUAAUUUGUAAUUCUCUCUCUGUUGUCUGUCUCUGUGCGUGUCACAGGUCACUAUCAAAUGCAUGCAUACGUGUGUAUGUGCCCUCUCUCUAUGCAUUUAUAUAUUAAUCAUGCAAUAUGAUUUUGAUACAAUGAUUAUGUUUGUGUGUUAAUAUUGAUUUAGAAACUGUGAUUACUUUAAAUACAUAUAUUCAGUUUGCUUAAACUGAUUAAGAUUCUAUAAUCUGUGUCUCCAAAUUAUAUCUGUAAGACAUAACAAGGCAGAAUGUUUGUCUUAACAAGUUUUGAUAGCAGGUCAGGACACAGUGUGCCGGGCAGAGAAGAUUGCUGCCCGGUGACAUGACGUGUCCCUGUAUUGAUUAAAACUGACCAAUCAGCGGAUCCAGAAGACGGAACUUCCUGGAAGAAAUCUACAAUGGGUUCGAGGGAAAGGAGACUGGUUCAGACUUCAUGACCUGAAACCAGUCUGCAUGUAAAUCAGGGAAGUGAUGUUUGAACCCACAGAUAUCUCUGUAAAAUGCACAUUUCUUGACA